GAACGGGAUAAACAACAUUAGCAAGAUACAAGUUUAUUGUAGACUAUACUUGAACAAUAAUAUGUAGGUCAUGAAAAAAAAAAUCAAUUUGUCCCAGCUGCCAGUAGUUUGAUGUGUUCAGCCACUGAGUCGUUUGUGAUAUUCUGCCCUGCCGGUUUGUUCAUCUCCAAAGUCCUCCAUCCCUCCAUUUUUUUAAAGCGCAACUUCUUAUAACGAGAACUGUCUCUUUAAAUCUCCAGCAUUUACUUCCUGGUUAUACUCGCCCGAAGAAAGCACAGCAAACGAGUUACUCGGUAGGAGGAGAAAUUGGAGAUGGCUGAUCUAUCGCUUUAUCUAACAAAUAGCAACGUUUCAUUGGGACAAAAAAUGGAUGACAGUAAGAAUGUAGGAAAAGACUUUGAAAGUGUGGAACUAGGGGAGAUUGGAAAGGAGAAGCAGAAGAAGAAGGUGCCACGGCGGAUUAUUCACUUCGCCAGCGGAGACACCAUGGAAGAGUACAGCACGGAUGAAGAACAGGAGCUGGAGAAAAAAGAAAUGCUUCCUACAGUCGAUCCAUCAAAGCUGACUUGGAGACCAUACCUCUUUUUCUACAUGUGGAGGGCAGCCACUACUACAAUAUCAGUGUGUGACUUUCUUGGAGAAAAAAUGGCCUCACUGUUUGGAAUAAGUACACCUAAAUACCAGUAUGCCAUUGAUGAGUACUACAGGAUGAAGAAGGAGGAUGAAGAGGAGGAGGAGGAGAACCGCAUGUCUGAGGAGGCAGAGCGUAAUUUCCAGGAGCAGCAGAGCCAGGAAAGUCCAGAACCGCACACUGAACAGCCAGAGGGUUCUGCUUCAUUUGUUAAUGUCACUUUCGAGCUGGAAAACGAUCCCUGUGCGACUCCAGAGAAAAGUAGAGUUCCAGCACCCAUUCCCACAUAACAGUACAGCCAUUUAAAAAAAACUGAAUCUAAUCAGUUGCAAAAGUUUUCAGUACUUUAUUUUUGUUUUUCUUGCCAUUAACAUCUCCCUCGUGAAAUAUACAAUAUUGCAGUUUUUCAUGUUAGAAACAUUGGCAUCAUGCUAUUGCAGUGUAUAUGUGACCAUUUGCAUCAGCACAAUUGGUUGUGAAGUGCUUUAACAGGGUCACUCAAGUUUUAACAGAAUAUCUGACUGCCAUUUACUAAUGUUAAUUUAUAAAUGGCAACUAUAAUAAUGCACAACUUCCAGUUGUUUGUGUAAGGGAUACAUCUAGUAUCACUACAUAUAUAUAUAUAUUAUAUAUA